CCCCUAAAAAACCCUUUUUUCUGAAAUUUUAUCUGCAAUGUCCACCUGGAUCACAAAGAACCCUAUUUUCUUCUUUCUCUCUCUACUUCUUUUGUUAAAUUUCUCUCUCUACUUUUUGUUUAGAAUACUGUCAAAAACUGUCAGAAGAAGACAAAGAAACCCUAGCUAAAAGCCAAGAUCUUUACACAGAGAGAGCCAAUCAAACUAACAGUACUACUCUUGUUAGAGAGACAAGAGGAGAUGGUGAAGAAGAUGAUACUGAAGGCCCAUGUCGGAUUCAGACAUUGUUGUUUCUUCUGUGUACUGGAAGAAACAGACCCUUUUGUUCGAAAGGCAGGAAUCGAGAAGACUUUGAGGGAGAUGCACACAAAAGGCGACACAGAGCUUGCCCUGACACUCAGUUUCAUCUGGAGGUUCGCCAUGGCUGAGCCCGAAAACCCCGAGUUUCCGUCCCUCGGGAUCUUCGAGUGCAUGGCGAGGUUGAUCAAGAAAGGCGUCGAAGACGCGGCGUGGCUCGCGAGAGGACAGAACGUGUACGUUCCUUAUUAUGCAGCUCAUAUUAUCGGUUCUUACACUAUGAAGAAGUCACAGUUUGCGGUGAAAGCUGUAGAAUCCGGAGUUAUACCGCCAUUGAUUGAGCUUAUGAGAGGAAAGAUGAGUUGGGUCGAGCAAAGGGUCGCGGUUAGAGCGUUAGGUCACCUCGCAAGCUACUCGAAGACUUUCGAAACAGUGUCUGAAUACGAGGAAGAGGUGGUGAGGUUAGCUAUGGAGAUAGCUUCCAACUGUAUAGAUGUUGUGUAUAACGAGUUUGUAGGUGUUAAGGACAGAGAUCAAAGUGUGAAAUACCAUUGCGAUUUGCUUACGAGAGGACUCGGAGGGGUUGAGAUGGAGAACCGGAGAGCCGAGGAAUGGGCGAGCCAGCUUCAAUGCUGGUCACUUCACUUGCUCAAUUGCUUUGCUUGUAAAGAAAGAUCCAUCAAUGUUAUAUGCAACAAAAUCUUUCUGAAGAACUUGAGCAAAAUGUGGGGUGGAUUGGUGAAUCACACAUCUCCUGCAGGUGUUGGACUAAUCCGAAUCCUAUGUUACAGCAAACGAGGAAGAGGGCAUGUGUCUGAAUCAAGAGAAGUGGUACUAAGCCUCUGUAAUCUGUCUCGGUCUUCGGAUGAUUGGCAAUACAUGGGGAUUGAUUGCCUUUUGUUGCUUCUCAAAGACCAAGACACAAGGUACAAAGUUAUCGACAUCGCGGUAUUUUAUCUUAGAGACUUGAUUGAGCUUCAAGCCCUCAACGAUAGACCAGACCUAGGUGAUAGAAUCACUAGGGUUUUUCUUAUGAAUCACAACACAAAGAGAGUUUGUGCUUACAACAAUCAAAAGACCGAAAAGGCGCUGAAAGAGAUACGGAACACAAAAGUGGAGAGGACAAAGAAGGAGAGAGAGUUCAUGUCUGAAGAAAAGGUUGCAGAGAAAAGGGUUCUGGUCAGAUUGAUUCAGCAGCAAGCAGACAAGCUGUUUUCCAUGGGAGACAUGGAAGGGGCGAUUACAUGCUACAACAAAGCCAUCAACGCAUGCCCUUUGAAGCUUCGGAGAAAGAGAAUGUCUCUCUACAGCGGCAGAGGAGAGAUGCAACAUCAGAUUCCUGUUGACGAUCUGCAGCUUUCCACUUGCACCCGUUCCCUGUCGGAACCAGCCAACGCUCAUGGUAAAAGCCUCUGGACAAGGUCAAAGGCUUACGACAUGAAAGGGCUUGCAAGAGAGAGCUUGAUGGACUGCAUCAUGUUUGUCAAUGGCCGCUGCUGCAGCAAGAAUACCCAUAGCAAUAACAGUAACGGUUCGAAAAUUCCAUUCUAUGCAGCAGAAAUGAUCAGCAAACAGAUGAACGCCACAAGAUUAUUUGCAGAUUCAAAAUCAAGGGCACUUCAAGUGAAGCUUGAGGAAGUGAGACAGAUCAGUGACAAAGACAGUAACAGUGACAGUGACAGUAACAGCGAUCAAGAAUGGUAUAAAGAGAUGGUGACGAGGAUGAUAACCGAGAAGAAAAAGCACUUGACCGGUUUGUCAACGAUCAAUGAAGAACCAUGGAACCCAAAUGAAGGAAUCACGUCAAGAAUGAUGAUGCACAAGAAGAAACCUGCUCUCUUGGCAAGAUCCAUGUAACAUCAACUAUAUAUAUACGCACACA